AUGUUCAAUCUAAGAUCUAUUAUUGUGAACAUCGAAGAUGAAAGUGCUUGGGCCGAGUCUGGAGCAACGCUCGGCGAGCUUUUCUAUAGAAUAGCAGAGAAGAGCAAGAUCCAUCGCUUCCCGACCGGCGUUUGUCCAACAGUAGGUGUCGAAGGCCAUUUUAGCAGAGUUGGGUACAGUAAUAUGAUGAGAAAGUAUGGUCUGUCAAUGGAUAAUAUCGUUGAUGUACGAAUCGUUGAUGCAAACGGCAGAGUUUUGGAUAGAGAAUCAAUGGGGGAAGAUCUUUUAUGGGCCUUUAGAGGAGGUGGAGCUAGCUUUGGCAUAGUACUUUCUUGGAAAAUCAAGCUGGCUGUUGUCCCAAAAAUUGUCACGGUUUUUAGAGUAGAAAAAACCUUGGAACACGGUGCCACCGACAUUGUUCAUCAAUGGCAAUAUGUUGCGGACAAGAAUGUGUGGUGA